UUCCCCCAGAUGGCCCAGAUAUUGCCACAAUUGACCGUAUAAGCGAUCAGUUCUCAACGGGGAACAAUGUUACCUUGAGCUGUGUUGCUGAUUCUAACCCACCAGCACAAUUCACUUGGUUACAGAAUGGACAAUCUGUCAGCAACUCAGCCUCAUUUUCUAUUAUUACAUCCCUGAAUCAUAUCGGAAACUAUACCUGUAUUGCAACUAACUCAUUUACUGGCUUGACGCGCACUGCAAACAAGACUCUUAUGAUCUAUGCACCACUGUCCAAACCUACCAUCAUCACCUCCAACAAUACUGCAGUGGAGACCAAGGACUUCUCAAUGACAUGCAAUGCUACGGGUCAAAUUCACGCUUACCGGUGGUUCAUAAAUGGACUUGCCCUAGGUGGUAACAGGAUACAGCUGUCGCCGGAUAAGAGGACACUCACUAUCCGCAGUCUCAGAAGAACGGAAAACAAAGGGCCCUAUGUGUGUGAAAUCGAGAACCCAUUGUUUAGGAAAAGGAGUAAUCCAUUCACACUGAAUGUUACCUAUGGACCAGAUAACGCCACAAUUGUACAUUCAGCCAAUGAGUACCCUACUGGGGCAAAUAUUACCUUGAGCUGUGUUGCUGAUUCUAACCCAGCAGCACAAUUCACUUGGUUACACAAUGGACAAACUGUCAGCAACUCAUCCACAUUUUCUGUUAUUGCAUCCCUGAAUCAUGCUGGCACUUAUACCUGUACUGCAUCUAACUCAUUCACUGGUUUGACGCGUACUGCAACCAAGAAUAUUAUAAUCUAUGGUGAGUAUCUGGAUUGGGCCCCCAACUUUGUGUGGGGCUCUCUCUUUCCCUGGCAUGACAGAAAUAGACAAAAGUGACACUCUUCCCCCCCCCCCCGGUCCCAUGGCACAGUG